AUGAUUCAUGGUCCCUGCCGGUCGCAGUACAAUUACACCAGCUGUCACAACAGCGAUGGCAAAUGCACCCGGCAGUACCCACCAGAUUUCGUGAGCGAAACCAUUACAGGGAGCGAUGGUUAUCCAUUGUACCGGCGAAGGAGUCCCGCUGAGGGAGGAUUUACAGCCGUGGUAAAGGGCCAGCAAGUGGAUAACAGAUGGGUAGUGCCAUACUGUCCCCUGCUAACAAAAGCAUUCAAUGCGCACAUCAAUGUCGAAUAUUGCCAUUCAUUUCGCUUCAUCAAUUAUGUAUGCAAGUACAUCAACAAAGGUACUGAUUGUGCAAUGUUUGGCAUUAGUCAGGAAGGUUCCGUAGACGAAAUCCAGGACUUCCUAGCAGGGCGCGUCAUUAGCAGCACAGAGGACCCUUGGCACAUAUUCAGCUUCCCCAUACACAAACGAUUCCCAGCAAUCGUCCAGCUUGCUGUGCACUUAGAAAACGACGAACGACACAACACUUACAGAGUUCUUCAAACUGUCGACAGGACGAGUUUGCUAGGACGCUAUUGUACCCAGACGUGCCUUCAUACUACGUCUGGACAAAAAAGAACACCUGGACUCGGCGGAAGUGCGGAGCCAACGUCGCGGGCUAUCCAGACGUAA